AUGAACGCGAGCGAUCUUCCGGUGCACUACCAUGACGUGGUGGGCGUCGCGGUCAUCAUCGACCCCGCGCGGCGCUCUCUUGGCCACUUCGAUAGAAUCCCCCCGAAGAUCUUGACGAAGCUGCUCAAGACGACCUUCAGCGGCAGUGGCUUGUCGGGCGAGCUGCUGGAAAUUGUGUUCGACGAUAUCCACCUCAUCAGUCGGCCGGUCAACCUGUUUCGAGGAGGUGGAGAUGAUCGAACCGAGAUGUUCUUCAGUCUCGUCUUCGUGGUCUCAUCAGAGUACUACCCCCGGCGUCAGCUCUACCCCCCGAGCCGGCUGCCGAAGCGUCCCCGCCGCAAGAAAACGAAUUCUGCGGCGCCUCCUCCCGGCGUCACCGCGGCCGACGCUCCCGACGAGGGAGGAGGUGUGCGGGGUUUAGGGGAGGAUUUCGAGAUGUCGGCGAGCGGUCCAGCAGAGGGGGACGGGAACGCAGAGUGGGGGGCCGUCGAGGCGAAAGAAGAAGAGGCCUUGGGGCGGGAGGAGGAAGGCGGGCUUUGGCCGGGGGCAGCCGGGAGCGAGAGGGAGAGGGACCACGGGGCUAACCUCGCUCUUCUGCGCGGGGCGGUUAUGAUGGUAUCCAGAGCAAUGGGCCACGAGGAAUGGAAGAACGGCUACAUCAGCAGGGAGGUCAAACACCUGCUCGACAAGAAAGACCGACGCACUGGCGACACGGAGAAGUUCAUCGCUGACAUGGAGAAGUUCAUCGACAUGCACGACGAUACCCUCUACAAUGGGACGGGUCUCUACAUGAACUUCGGCGGCAGGCUGUACGGGGGCGCUCGUCAGUACUCCCCGGACGAGAUGAAGGCGAGGGGGGACGAGAGAUGGCAGGAAUCGGUCAUGCAGGAGAACCAGCUGGCCCAGGACGUGCGGACGCUGUACGACGGCCUCACAAGGGGCGAGCCGUUCGAGAUGAAAAUCAAGAGGUCGAGCGAGCUGUCCAUCAACGUCACCGUGCAGGCGGAGAUACCAGCCACGAGAAGAUACGAGACUCUCAUCUUGAGGGAGGAGAGGCACAUCGCGCUGUCGGGACACCCGGCAGACGGUUCUCCCCAGAUCAAGCGCAUGAUCGAAAUCGCGGACCCCCACAAGACCCUGGAAGAACUGGCCUACACGAGCGAGAUCGAGCUGUCUCAGAUGCUUCGUUUGGCACGGCACCUUGUGUUCUGGGGGUCCGGGCGGGUGAUCGACGCUCUCUGCGGCAGCAACCGGUACCAGGUGACGAGAGAAGCUAUCAAGGCGACGCUUCCUGGCUCUCCGGUGCUGGCAGAAUUUUCCGGGAAGUUUCCGAGGAGGGAUCUCAUGCGCGAACUGACCCGUUUCGGAGAGAUGGUGCCCCUCUCCACCAUCUUGGAGCAGAGCAAGAAGGUGCAUCGAUAUGUCACUCUUGCCAUCCCAGAACCUUCCUCUCACUUCGCGGCGAGCGAAUCGGAAGAUGACGAGGACGACGACUGCAACGAUAGUCACGAUGAUAAUACUAGCUCGGACGAAGAGGACGACAAUGCCGGCGGAAGGUUUUGCUCCGUCCGGCCCACUGCUGCGGGCACCAGCUCUGGCGCUAGUGUUGUGGUCGCACCUUCCGAUGGCGGCGCCGGGCGCGUGGGGCCUGGAUCCAAUUCCACGGGUCUCCGGCGAGAAGUUGCGCUUACGAGCGAUGCAAGGCAGGGCCUUGGCAGGCAAGGAGGCGGUGGCGGGCGCGAUUGGGACGGUAUCGGUAGCGGGGCCCCUUCGGACACCGGUGCUGCUGCCGGGGGGGUAGGUAGUGCCGCUGCUGCUGGCGUCGGCCGCCCGGCUGCUUGCGUUUGCGGCGACGCUACAAAUGCGGCUGCGGCUGCGGCUGCUAAGUACGGCGCCGCUGCCGCCGCCGCAGCAGCCGCCGCCGCCGCCGCCGCCGCUAGCGCUGCUGCAAGCGUUUCUUACCCUUCGCCGGCAGAAAGAACCGGCGGCGGCGGCGGUGGCGGCAUCAUCUCCACCACCCCGUCUUCGUCCACGGCCGGCGCCGCGCCCGCAGAAAGGAGGGGUACCGGGGGCGCAUCCCAGCCCGCAGGGGGGCUUAUCACCGGGGUUCGCACGGCGGUAGGUGAGGUCGGAGGCGGCGGGGGCAGAGGGAGCGUCGGAGGGGCGUCCCACGGAUCGGUGGUCGGGUACGCGGUCGACGCGGCGGGCAACACCUUGGUGGAGGCGCCGACGCUGGAGCCUUUCGAAGAAGAGUAUCUCCUGAGCAUUGACGACGGCUCAGAGGCUAGCAGGCUCAUGCGAAGGAUUGCCCCGCUGCUGCGGGGAAAACUUAGCAUGCGCGAGAUCGUCUGGCGCCUCGAGAUGACAAGCACCGCGUCCUUGGGGCUUGCCUUGGCCAAGCACGAGCACAUCCUGUACGAGGUGUGGCGCCCCGCUCGAGACCCAGAUGCGGCGUAAUUUUGUUGUUGUUGGUCCUAUGUCGGUGCGGGUUGUCGGCUUUAGUCAGGAGGUCCUUGUCUUAGGCAUAUUCUUUUUUGUCGAUCGUUUUGCGGUGACGAGCAGGUUGAGAGCUGUGAUCGCCACUGGAAUAGAGAGAGGUAGGUAACUGUCUUGAGAGUUGAGCUUGGACACGGUCUGAUGCGUUGAAUGCGCUUGGGGGUGAAUUAGUGCUCACGGGCCGCGCGCUCUACUCGUUUUUGCUUUUCGCGGCAAAGUCGAAAGCACGCCCCACCGACGGAAGCUUGGGGUGUGCCUCGGGUACAGUAGUAACCUAAGCAGGUGUUUGUUAUGCGAACUUAUUGGAUGGAGUAUGGAAUCGGGGGAAUUUCCGGGUUUACGGUAACGGUAACGGUAACGGUUUGGGAGUACAUAACCCCUCCGUCUCUGCUCCACGGAUAAAGCUCUAUUUCUUCGCGUGGGCACUCCCUCGGGUGGAAAGGCCCGUCUUCCUGCCCUAUAUACCCCGCCCCGUCUUGAGUGGGGCGCGGAGGUGGCGAAACGGCAGGGACCAGGCUGGCGCGUAGAACAGACUGCUGUACGGAAUCCCUGUGAAAAUGGAUUGGCUACAACCAGGAGGUAGUCGAUUGCUGUUCUAGAUGCGGGUUGGGGCCAAUCGGGGGGCGCGGGCGGCCCGAGAACCAUGUGCGUUGAGGGUG